GCAGCGGGACCGGUGACUGAGCGGAGCCGACCGGCGCGGGGUGGCCGGGGAACGCUCGCCGGGGGUGGCAGAGGCCCUUCCGCGGAGAGCGAGCUGGAGAUGGUGGACCAUCUUGCAAACACUGAGAUCAACAGCCAGCGCAUUGCUGCUGUGGAAAACUGCUUUGGAGCUUCUGGACAGCCCUUAGCUGUGCCAGGAAGAGUCCUUUUAGGAGAAGGGAUUUUAACCAAAGAGUGCCGCAAGAAACCAAAGCCUCGCAUAUUCUUCCUUUUCAAUGACAUCCUCGUCUAUGGCAGCAUAGUCAUCAACAAAAGGAAGUACAAUUCCCAGCACAUCAUUCCCCUUGAAGAUGUCACUUUGGAGACGCUGCCAGACACCUUGCAGAUGAAGAACCGCUGGAUGAUUAAAACCUCAAAGAAGUCCUUUGUGGUUUCUGCGGCCUCCCUCACGGAGAGGAAGGAGUGGAUCAGCCAUCUGGAGGAGUGCAUCAGGCACCUGCUGACAAAGAUGGGCCGGCAGCCCUCCACAGAGCACGCAGCCCCCUGGAUCCCAGACAAGGCCACGGACAUCUGCAUGCGCUGCACGCAGACCAAGUUCUCCACGCUUACCCGAAGGCACCACUGCCGCAAGUGUGGCUUUGUUGUCUGUGCAGACUGCUCCAGGCAGAGGUUCCUGAUGCCCCGGCUGUCCCCCAAACCUCUGAGGGUCUGCAACCUGUGCUACAGGCAGCUGCUGGCAGAAAAGAAGAAGGAGGCAGAGGCAGAUCGCAGGCAGCUACCACCGAUCCACUCUGCUAUCCCAGGUUAUGAACCCUCCAGUGGUGAUGACAGUGACAAGUCUGAUGAUGACAAAGCUGACCAGUGGCCAGCAGACACAGCAUUUUAUACCUCAGAAGUAUCCUGGUCAUCUUUCCAUAGCUGACCUCCUUGAGAUUUCAUGGCACUUAGACACUGGAAAGCCAACUUCUGGCGUCCAAUGCAUCUGCUUUGUGAUGUUUUCUCUGGAGGCUAUGCCUAGGAAGGUGGAUCUUGGCCUCUAUAUGUGUUGUCUGCAUGGGGAGAAAAUAUGGUCUUACCCCUCUAAGAAUGUGUCUUAUAUGACAUGAGUUCAGAGGGCAACAGCUCAGUGAAGAGCUUGGACUAGGGAAGAGACCUUGGCCAAAAUGAGCUCACCCUUCAGUGCCUUAGUCUGCAAAAGCAGAGCAAUACUGACUGCAUUUCUCAAAUCAUUUGAGAUCAGCUCUUGGGAGAAAAAGGAGCAAGAAAUUCUGGAGCUGAACAUGCCUGCCUGCUGGUUCCUCUGUUUCCUCUGUUCUGGCAAGAGCCACUCCGGAUGCUGUUUUUUCACAGGCUUCCUUUGCUACACCUUGUUCUCUCAGCUUUGGGAACACUAAGGAAACUGCUCCAAUUGCUGGGACCUUGUACAAGGCUUGGUGUGAACAGCCUUAGCAAAGCACUGGAGCAUGCCUGCUCAUUUGCAGGGAAAGAGGCUGUUUUGGUGGUUCCAGGACAGGAGGGAGGAAGGAAAGGGUAAAAGGACAGGUGAAAUUAUGCAGAACAGUGAGACAAGGAGGGAGAAAUACCAGAGCUGACUUAGCUAAGUGCAGAGCCCUAGAUCUCAAAACCAGGCAGUUCCACUAGAUUACCAGCAACUUGAACUCAAGUCUAUUGAGUAAAAGGAUAGUGCAGGGAAGAUUUGUUAAAAGUUAUGAAAAAUCCAGGAAAAUAUUCCAGAUUAAGGUCCUAUGAAGUACAGCACUUCCACUUCCCUCCAAGCAGGAGCCCAAGGCAUUGAAUGCACACUUGUGGGCUCUGCUCAUGUCUAUCAGUCACAAAGCCCAAGGUUAAGGUCCUUUAUGUAAUUCCAGGACUGGAGCCCAAAACCUGACAGUUAACUUGAGAUAAUUUUAAAACUAUAAAAUUUUAAAGUCAAGUUAAAACUAAACUGUGCUUAUUUCAAGUAUUCUAUCAUGGUAUAGUGUGACAGUAAGGAUACUGAAAAUCAGACAACAGCAAUUGUUUUGCAGCAGACAUUUCUACAAACUCAUUUUUUACUUUUAGUAUAUUUUUGUAUGUGUCUUUUAUGCUCUGGAAAGGAACAUGGCUGGAAGUACAGCACCAAUGUUAUAAACUGUUUCCUUACCGUGACCCUGUUCUAGUGGUUGCCUGCCAGAUGGCCAGACUUAGGUGUGGGGUUUUUUUUAAUUUCAGUUCAAAGUAAUCACUCUUACUGCCUUUUGUAAACUGCCACUGUUCCAGCAAAUUUGUAUCACUUGAUUGUGUGUCAAUAAAGGUAAUACCCAACAGGAAGAAGUCAAGAAAAUAUGACAAUAAAGCAUGUUGUUAUUUGACAAGGGUCUUAAAGAAGAGCUGGGAUUCAGGCCUGGCUGGCCAGCGUGAGUUUUGACUCCUCAGCUGUGAAGUGAAUGCUCUGUGUUUCUAUU